UCCGAAGGGUAACACCACAUUAAAAAGAAAGCACGCCUCUGCGUUAUCAACAGAGGGAAACAUGCUGUCUUGCUUUACUGUGGGUUUGCAGAUUAUCCAUACAUCUGUUUCUACAGGAUUUAAGAGGCAGGGUGGUAGGAGUUGGCAUUCUGAUUCCUGGCAGUAAUUCUUCUACAGUAGAAAAAUCAGCUGCGGGACCUGCUCGGUGUAAGCUCUCGCGGCCCGGCCGUGUCUCCGCCUCCGUCCUUACCCUCGUUUGUGGAGUACCCGAUGCAGCGCCCCUUCCUCAACGCUGACCUGCGGAGGUCCCCUGACAAAGCAGUCAAAGCGUACCCGGAGAGCAGCAGCACAGCGAUCCUAUCGGCACUGAAGAACCUGCAGGAAAAGAUUCAGCGUCUAGAAGUGGAGCGCGCUCAGGCUGAGGAGAACCUGCAGCGGCUCUCUCACGAGACCAGCGAGUACAAGAAGGUGCUGGACCGUGAGCGAGAGCACCGCGACUCCAGCAAGACACCGGUGACCAGGCACAACAAAGAGCUGUCAACACAGCUAGCAGUUGCUGAAUCUCGGUGUAAGCUUCUGGAGAAACAGCUGGAAUACAUGAAGAAGAUGGUCCGCAACGCAGAAACUGAAAGAGCAACGGUGUUAAAGAAGCAGGUUUCUUUAGAACGAGAGAGAUCUGUCGAUGCGUCAGAUGUCCAGGCCAAGUUUAAGAAGCUAGACCUGCUGGAACAAGAAUACCUCAGGCUCACAGCAACGCAGGAACUGGCAGAGAGUAAAAUCUGUGAGCUGCAAGAGAAGCUUCGAGAAGAAGUGCACCAGAGAAAGCUGAUGCAGGACAAGGCUGCUCAGUUACAGACCGGGUUGGAAGCCAGUCAGAUCUUGCUUCAGUCGUUGUCCCCUAAACCAGCAAAGGCAAAGAAAAUGAAAAAGAAGAAAAAACAAGCAGCAAAAAAGCCUGUUCAACAGCCCUAUUCACACACCCAGCCUCAUUACAGACUGAGCCUAGGGGACGUCCCCUUUGUAGCAGGAAAGUCCACUGGUAACAGCCACUCUGUACGUGCCAAUGUCCAGCACGUCUUGCACCUGAUGAAACAGCACAACAGGCUGCUGUGUAACGACCGUGUGCUGAGCGAUAGGCCAGUGGCCAGGAAGUUAGUCUCCACCACCAAUGGCAGGAGGGCUUCGACCACCUCCACCACUAGCUCCUCCUCUUCCUGCAGCGAGGAGCUCUCAGACCUGUUGCUGGCACUGCAGGAUGAGUUUGGGCACAUGAGCUUUGAACACCAAGAACUAGUGAAACAGAUUCACGAGACUCGGACAGACCGUUUGCGACAAGACUUGGAACGAGAGUUGGAAUCGCUGGUUAAGAGAAUGGAGGCUAAAGGGGACCAGAUAGCGAAAGUGCACAGGCAUCAAGGACAGCUGGAGAAAUUAAAGAAGUCACAAAGGAAGCAUUCCGGCGAUGGCAGGGGGAGCAGGAGCGGGAAUGGCGUCGGGGAGGUGAAGGUCACGACCACCGUCACCACAAGAGGAAAGAGCGCAGGUCAGAUCAAAGUGAAACCAGGGGAAAAAAGCAAGGACAGUCUGAGACUGCUCAGGGACAUGCAGACCCUGCAGACCUCACUCCGCAAGGACGAUAUCCACUGGGAUUACUGAGCGCCUUGGGGAGGGAGCGACACAUUCUCAGGGUUUGGUGUUUAUGGAUUCACCCCUCUAUUCCUCCACCUCUGUGUACAUUGUGGUGUUUUCAUGUGUGUCUGGUUUGGAUUUUUUAAUUUUUUUAUUGCUACUACCCACUCUGAUUUUAACAUUUUUAAAAUAAAAUAUUUAUUUUUUACAUUUUGUGUUUUUUGGAUUCUGUUUAGAAACAUAUUUUGACCUGGUUAGAUUUACUGGUUGAGCCGACGUCGUUCGGCAUGACGGAGAAAGGUGUGAUUUCAUUUCAUCAACACACAAAGACCGACAAAAAGAGCUGAACAACACCCUGCCAUGAGCCCAAUCUCAGGAACUGUCUUAGUCAAACAAAGGGAGCUUGCAAGCCCAUGGGAGAUGUAAUUAAGACCGCCCUUUGAGUAGCCACCAUGCUUGUCGAUGGCCCGUCAUUUUAUUUUGUGAAAUCCAGGAUCUAUUGCAAGCAGGCAGUUU